AGAAUUAUCUAAAAUCUCCUCCCCGCAAUUCAUUAGUGUAAUAACCGAAUUGCACUAUAAAUUCCACUAUCCAUGCAUAACUUUCACAAGCCAUACCUAAAAAAUGGAACCCCAAGUUUUCCAAAUCAUUCUCAUUAUGCUUUUCUUCAUCCCCGGCCAUUCGCGGGAGCUCAACUCCGGCGAACGGAAGACUGAAUCGCCGGGAAUGUCAUCUGUUCCUUCUACCCCUUCUGGCAGUAGCGUGUCGGCGCAAGGUCCGAAUUGGGAGUCUAGUUGGGGAUCGGGUUCAAGCCCAGGAGCAGGAUGGGGUUAUGGUUCGGGCUCCGGGAGGUCUGCGGAUGAUGGGUUCGGCAGGGGUUAUGGGUUCGGGUAUGGUUCUGGAACAGGUUCGGGUUCCGGGUCUGGUUACGGUAGUGGUGGUGCUCGUGGGGGUGGCUAUGGAGCUGGAAGUGGUGCUGGUGGAAAUGGAGGUGGCGCUGGUGGUGGAAGUGGUGGCUCCAGUGGCGGCGCUGAUCGUUGGCCGUCGAAGUCUGGUGACAGAAAUAGUCAUGGCUAAACAAAGGCAGGUCGACACAGAAAAUAUGUCGAUUAUGUGCUUUUAAUGAUUUAAAAUAUUUAAGUUUUAACAUUUUCAGAUUUUGAUUUGAGAACCUUGUCCAAUUUUAGAGAAAUGAAUACGUAUGUCCCUUCCAAGAAAUAUGAUUGGCAUACCCCUGUCAGGUGAGAAAGACGUGGGCACGGGCCUCACAAUUUUUUUCCUUAAAAUACAUGUGGGGCCCGUCCCCAAACAAUGAGGGGUCUCUGUGAACCGAGCUACUCCUUCUCUAGAUAUAGAGCAUUUACGAGUCACAAAAUGCUAUGAAUUUGCCCAUGUUUGCUCUUCAUGUUAAUUUGCACGUCCAAAUUAGGACUUGAUUAGCAGCUUG